CGGUCCCCGGUCCCUUGCGCUCUGAGGAUGGAGACGACGCCGAGAGCUGUGCUCGGUGUUUGAGGCCGUGCUCUCAUUCUCCGAGUAACUGGCCAAGGAGAGCGAGUUUCACAAAGUCGCAAUCGUUUCCAGGCCUGAUGAUUCAACGUCAUUUAAACCCAAGAGGAAUGACUAGUUGAAUUGACAGCAACUUCCUGCCACAGUCAUGCAGGUUACUGGAGUACUUGGCAAACCACAUUGGAAUCUGUCAUCCUGUUUGUGAUUUUUUUUCAAUGAACGUUGUGGAAGAAAUGUUAUCGCUCUUAAAGGAUCUACACUUGUAUGUCUAAAUUAUAAACUUGGAAAAUUGAAGUUGUGUUUUAUACCUGAACUCAUCUGUCCAAAACCAAGUUAUAAUAAUCAUGGCUUCAGUUUGGAAACGGCUGCAACGUGUGGGAAAGCAUGCAUCCAAGUUCCAAUUCGUGGCUUCGUACCAAGAAUUAAUGGUAGAGUGCACAAAGAAAUGGCAACCUGACAAACUUGUAGUGGUUUGGACAAGAAGAAGCAGACGGAAAUCUUCCAAGGCUCAUAGCUGGCAACCAGGAAUUAAAAAUCCAUAUCGAGGAGUGGUGGUUUGGCCUGUUCCUGAAAACAUUGAAAUCACUGUGACACUUUUCAAGGAUCCACAUGCUGAGGAAUUUGAAGACAAAGAAUGGACUUUUGUUAUAGAAAACGAAUCACCUUCUGGUCGUAGAAAAGCUCUUGCCACCAGUAGUAUUAACAUGAAGCAGUAUGCGAGCCCCAUGCCUACUCAAACUGAUGUAAAGCUGAAAUUCAAGCCAUUGUCUAAAAAAAUUGUUGCUGCCACACUGCAGUUUUCUUUAUCGUGCAUUUUCUUGAGAGAAGGCAAAGCAACGGAUGAGGAUAUGCAAAGUCUGGCUAGUCUGAUGAGUAUGAAACAAGCUGAUAUUGGAAACUUGGAUGACUUUGAGGAAGAAAAUGAGGAAGAUGAUGAAAACCGAGUGAAUCAAGAGGAGAAGUCAGCAAAAAUUACAGAACUUAUCAAUAAACUCAACAUUUUGGAAGAAGAGGAGGAACCCCUUAACACAAGACAUGAUCCGUUUAGAGAGCUUGAUACUCAUGCAUUGAAUCCUUUUGGAGACCCAGAUGAUGAUCCUGAUUUAGAAGAGAGGAAUGUUGGAACAAUGUCAGCCAAAAGACCAGAAGAAUCUUUCUACGAUAAUGAUCCUAACAAUCCUUUUAAUGAACAGUAUGAGAAUUCUCUCAAUCCCUUUGAUGUAUGUGAUUCUCAACCUCACAGGAUUAUUGAAAAUAGGAUAGAAGCAAUAGAACCACCUAAACCAACGAAGAGACAGAAUGUCAAACCUGUGGACAUGAGCAAGUACCUCUAUGCCGAUACAACCAAAACAGAGGAGGAAGAAUUAGAUGAAUCUAAUCCAUUCUAUGAGCCGAAGGCUGUACAUUCUACAAAGUAUCAAACCACAUUAGUGACAGCUUCAGUACAGCAGCCUGACACAGAAAAAAAGACAAAGAGGAGAGCACCAUCACCUCCAGCACCUGACAAUACAUCCACACCAAAGUCAGAAACUGUAAAGGUGUACAUCAAACCAGCUGCUGUGAUGGAUAUAUCCUCAUCACCAAAGAUGACCUUUGUAUGAAUAAAGGUAAACAGGAUUAUGACAGCCAUUUUCAACAAUGGAGAGAGCAACAAAUGUAACUGACUUUGAGCGUGGAAAUUUUUUUGAUGCCACAUAGCCUGGAGGCAGCGCUGUCAAUGUGUCUAAAGUGACAAGGAAGAUCGAAACAAGCAUUUAAAAAUACUAAAUGCAUUAAAGAAAAGAGCACAUCAUACAAAGUAAAGGAGGGGGCAUGCACUUUUGAUGUGGUGUGAAGAAUAGGCAUGCGUCCUUAAUAACUGUCCACAAAAGCUUUAGUUAGCCUCAGGGCGUCUAGUUUGUAUUUAUGUAACAUUAAAAUAAUUAUGAAGAAAUGA